AUGGCCACACCGAAUUAUAAGGAGCUAAAGCUGCAGUCGCCGGCUGGAGCAGAACCGUUCCUCUACAACUGGCCAUUCUCGAUCGGUACAGGGCACGAUUCGGGCAUCGAGCUGAUUGAGAAUGUGCGGUGGGUGUGCGAGGAUAUGCCAGAAAUCAAGUCGGCGAUCGAGGAGAUCGAUCUCAACAAGCUCGACACGGGGGACUACGAUGCGAUGAAGAACUUAUGCGAUCGCUUCAAUCGGGCGAUCGACAGCGUGGCGGCAUUGGAAAAGGGAACGUCACUCUCCAACCAGCGGUUCACGUAUCCCUCGCGGGGAUUGCUAAAGCACAUCAUUCAGCAGGUGUAUAACCAGGCGGUUGUAGAGCCGGAAAAACUGAACCAGUACGAACCGUUUUCGCCGGAGGUGUACGGUGAAACGUCGUUCGAUUUGAUCUGCCAAAUGAUCGACCAGGUCAAGAUCACUGCGGAUGAUGUGUUUGUCGACCUGGGGUCGGGAGUCGGCCAGGUGGUGCUUCAGAUGGCCGCAUCAACACCGGUAAAAGUGUGCUUCGGUAUCGAGAAAGCCGACGUCCCAUCGAAGUACGCCGAGGGUAUGAAUACGACGUUCAAGCUGUGGAUGCGCUGGUUUGGCAAGAAGUACGGCGACUAUGAGCUGAUCAAGGGUGACUUUCUUGCCGAUGAACACCGGGAGAAGAUCACGUCGGCAACGAUCGUGUUCGUGAACAACUUCGCAUUCGGACCUCACGUCGACCACCAGCUGAAGGAGCGGUUCGCGGAUCUACGAGACGGUGCAAGGAUUGUCUCUUCGAAAAGCUUCUGCCCGUUGAACUUCCGCAUUACCGAUCGAAACCUAAGCGACAUUGGUACGAUCAUGCACGUUAGCGAAAUGAGUCCGCUUCGAGGGUCGGUCUCUUGGACCGGCAAACCCGUGUCCUACUAUCUGCACAUCAUCGAUCGGACGAAGCUGGAGCGUUACUUUCAGCGGUUGAAAACGAAGGGCAACGAGAACCAUCACGAUGCCACGAGUGGUGGAGGUGGCAGUGGGUCUCACUCGACUCGAUCGUCCCGGUCGCGCAAAGACAACAGCAAUCACCACUCGAAAGCGAUCACGAAUGACGAUAGUACCUCGGAGAGCGACACUGACGUGGUGGGACCGACGACGCGGAAGGCGUGGUCGGAUUGGAACAGCGGCAAGGAGUGCAAAUCGAGCCCGUCCGAAGAGGAGAACAACAAUUCGCCCGUUUUACGGAACGGUCGGAUUCCGGUUGCCACGAAGAAGCGUCGCAAAAUUACGCGCAACAAGGCGACGGGCAAGAAGUCUGUUCUUGCGGCAGCUAACGCGGCGGCUAACCGGGAUUUGGGAGUUGGUACUUCUUCCGUAGCUGCUGCCGCAGCCGCCGCUGCUGCUGCCGCCGCUGCGGCUAUGGUUGGUGGAAAGAAACGUGGACGCGUAAAGGGCAAAGGCCGACAGCGAAGACCUCUCAACAUUAUCGGGUUGGAUCUGCUGCACAACGAGACGCUGCUCAGUACGUCGGACCAGAUGAUUGGGAAGCGGUUGCCACCCGCGCCGGGAUGCGUGGAUCAGCAACUCACAUCGCUGGCGGGCGAUAUGCAACACAACGAACUGGAUAUCCCCGAGGCACCGUCGGAGACACCUUAUGCGCUACAGAUAUUAUUGGAUCUGUACAAGACGCAAUUUAUGAAGGCAAUCGAGGCAAUGCGGAAACCAUCGUACAAAGACAACGUUCAGCAGCAGUUCGAUCGUGAGAAGGAACGCAACCAGCGUCUAAUGAACCGUGCCGGGCAGCUGGAGAAACAAAUCAAGGUGCUGAUUGAUGACAGCGUGGCACUGCUAAAGGCGCGCAUGAACGAGCUGGGCAUUAGUACAACCAGCCAGAAUGACCUACUGUGCAAGGCGAAGGAGAUUGUUGGCCGGCACAAGGAACUGCAGGUGAUGGCGGCCAAGUUGCAGAACCAGGUGAACGUGAUCGAGCAGGAGCAGAAGCGGUUGGUGCUGCAGCACUUGUCGAAGCUUUCUACCGAACAGCAGCAGCAGCAGCAUCAACAACAGCAACAGUUGCACCCUCAGCUCCAGCAGCAGUACAUAAAGACGGAAGAUGUGGAAUUAACGUCCUCCAGUUCUAACGAACUGGUGCUGAAGGCGAUUGCGAGCACAUUGUCACAGCGUAAGAAGCUGUACGCGCAGGUCUCAAAUCUUGAGAAUGAACUGAAUUUGAUAGAGAAGUUGACCGAGGAGCGCAAGGCAAUGGGCGGAAUGGGUCCUACGGUUGCACCUAACAGUAACCAUAGCGCGUCGGCAGCUGCCGCUUCCACAACGACUAUUAUUGCUGUUGCACGAGCGACGGAGGUAAGGGAUAGGGAUCCGCCACUUGGGCUUAUGUCUCAUUCACACGCGAUGGCUACCGGAGGAAGCAUUCAACGGGAACAUAUCCACCCUGAGGGUGUAGGAAAAUUGUCCUCCGACUCCGUGCAUCCGUUGCAGCGAUCAUCGCAUGCCGGUGGAACCCAGCGCCCUUUACAUCCACCAUCGGUAGGUCCUGUUGUCCCACCUAUCGCCUCUCAUCAUGCGAAGCAGUGUUCCGGUGGAUCGUCACGGUCGGCCCAGAGAAAAUCUCGCGAGAAUCGUACCCGUUCUCAAGAGUGGCCAGAAAUUCCGGAUAUUGGUAAAAUCGAGGAAAACAAUCCGGAAAUUCUCGCUCAAAAGAUUCUUGAAACGGGCAGGCAAAUAGAGGCCGGCAAGCUACUCGCAGCUGGGAAACACGUUGCUAAAGACCGCGUUGGUGAUGCUAAGCAUUCGUCGGGACCUGUUGGGCAACACGGUGGACAAGCCACUGCACCAGUUCCACAUAUGGCGCAACAAUCGGCACCGGUUGCGUCGAGUUCGCAACCAUACCAAAAUCAGCAACCUCAGCAGCAACAAGCGCUCCAUCCUCAUUUGCAUCACCCAGACGCUGCGCUGAUGCCCGCACCGGCGUCGACGAUCAACAAAGUGCACCAUCGUAGCAGUAGCGCCAACAGCGGAAGCUCAUCCGGACCGAUUAGUACUGGUGGUGCACUUCCAAAAUGUUAUGUACCUGGUUCACAGUCGAAUGAACACCUCGGCGGUGGGGCACGAAGUGGCCCGGAGGGUGGAGGAGGGCGUGGUAACAGCAAGCUGCACGAUUCGCACAAGGUGGUCAACUUCGAGGAUCGGCUCAAGAGUAUAAUCACGUCUGUGUUGCAAGGAUCCCCGAAAACAAGUGGAUCGGGCUCUGCGGCUGCAGCAGGUGCAGUUCCUUCGACGAUACCUGUUGGCGUGCAGUUGAGCGGUGGUCAACGUGAAGCUCCCCAACACCGUAGUGGUAGUGGUGGGCAUCAACCAGCGAUGGUAGAUCCUGCAGGAUCACCAGUAAAAUCAGCCACGAUGGGUACCGUGUACGGGCCUUCAGCUGGAGGGAAGACGACAGUAUAUAGACAGUCAUCUCCGGGUGUUGGACCACAUCACCCGCAGCAUCCCCAGCAGCACCAAGCACCGUCACAAAUGAUGCCUAUCGCUCAUGAUAUGUCUGCAAGAUCGUCUUCCGGAGGUCAAGGUCCUAGUUCUUCAUCACACGUUCCGGGUCAUCAACAUCUACAUCAACAGCAGCAUCUUCAACAUCAGCAACAGAUUCAGGCUAGUUCGGCACAACACCAACAGCAGCAAAUGCUGCAUCAUCAACCUCAUGGGCAACCUCUUCAUCAUCAGCAGCAGCUGCAGCAACAACAGCUUCAGCACCAACAAUUCCAGAUGCAGCAGCAGCAGCAACACUCUCAUCAACAACAAACGGGAAUGCUUAACGUGAUCACGAAUGCCGCCCACCAUCUAAACCCAAGCACAUCGAUCGCGACUUCGCCUGUGCCAACAUCAUCGUACAAAAUGCAUCCCACCGGGCCCGGAGCAAGUGGCGCCGUCGGCAACGCUCCGACGAAGAUCUCACCGAGCUCCAAGUAUUAUCCAAAAGGCGCUGGCAUUGCCAGUAUGAGCAGUCAUUCACCGGGAUCAUCUGUGCUGAGCACCCAUCAGCAAAUCAUCCAGCAGCAGGAACGUGAGCGAGAGCGUGAACGAAUGGACCGGGAGCGUGCAAUGAUGUACGUGCCUGCUGCACACGGCGGCGGAAUGCCCAUCGACUAUCCGCAACACGCUUUGCAUCAUCAUCACCACCGAGGUGAUGGCAAAAUGCUUGAAUUCAAAGCGCCGGAAAACUUCCGCUACGAUCCGCGAGCCGGUGGCAACUCAUCAACAGCUGGCGGUGCGCCACUGAUAAACGACGCAGGUGUCGUACUUCAGAGUCAUUCGCGCAGUUCUUCCACUAACUCGCUUGAUAGUAUUCCGGCCGGUGACUACGGUCCUCCCGGAGGAGCUCGUUAUAUGACGAUGAACAGCGGUUCCGGCGGUCAACAGCAGCCUAUCCCGUUGGUGACGCAUUCACCAGGUGUCGGAUCACAAGGAUCUUCCCAGCAGCACGGUGGUAACAAUUCGCGACCUGGUUCGACCUCCUCCCAGCCAGACUACACGCAAGUAUCACCGGCGAAAAUGGCGCUACGUCGGCAUCUCUCACAAGAGAAGCUAACCCACCCAUCGGUAAGUGGAUCCGCAGCCCCGAUCGGUGGUGCUGGAAGUGGUGCCUCGUCCGGAGGUGGUAUGGGUACCGUGAAAACGAUUGGUGAUCUGGUGAACGGUGAAAUUGAGCGAACGCUCGAGAUCUCAAACCAAUCGAUCAUUAAUGCAGCGAUCAACAUGUCCGCUCAUCAGCAACCACCGUCGACGGUCGCUUCCGGCAGCACAUCGGGUGUGGUUGCUGGCGGCGGUCCUCCCUCUGGGGGCAACACGGUAAUCAACACAAACGUGCAACGUCCCGAGCGCGUCAGUAUUCGCCUGCUGGAGGAGAGCGGCCAAUUGUCGGCCGGAAGUGCGGCUGCUCCUUCGAGUAGCAGUGGCGGUGGCAGCGGCACGUACAGUCCUAUAUCGCGUCCAGGCAGCGUCGGAGAUGCUUGCAGCAAGUCACCAGUUCAUCAUCUGCACGGUCCGAAUGCGCUGGUGCAAGUUGGAGCAUAUAAUCCGAAAACAGGCAGCCACAAAGGUGGAGGUUCAACUGUGCCAAGUACAAUCGUAUCACCUCGGGGAUCGUCCCAGCAGCAGCAGUAUUCGCCGGUUCCGGGAAGUGGCGUUGUCGGUGUAGCUGGAGGAUCUGGAGCAGUUUAUCAGUCGGGCCGUGGAUCUGACCGACAUCAUGCGGGUGGUGAAUCGAUGCCUUACAUGGCGUUGCCUCGCGCGGAUAUGAAACCGUACCUUGAGUCGUACUUUACUGAUGAGCACAAUAAACGACAACAGCAGCAGUUGCAUCAGCAACAUCUGCAUCACCCCGUUCAAUCACCCUCACCGUCCUCGAUGUCAUCCUCUGGAAUGGGUCAUCAUCAGCAGCAGCAUCUGCAGCACCAGCCACCGCAUGCUAUGCAUCGCGGAAGCCAUCCGAUGGAUAUCCCAAGAGGUUCGGCAAUGAUGAGCGAGUCUGCGCUGAUGUCGCGCUCACGGGGCGAGAUGGUUUUGAUUGACGAAAACCGAAUGGAACGCCUCAAUGGCGGACCACCGCUGGAAGGACUUGCCGCCUCCUUGCAGGCACGCGUGAUCGCCACGCUAAAGAUUAAGGAAGAGGACGAAGAACGCCAUCGGCGCGAUUUGGACAUCCAUCAUAGCAUUUCAGCAACCACCAACAGUAGCAGUAGCAGGAAUAAUUUAACCAAUACCAACAGCAAUAUCCACGGUGGAAGCCUUCAGAUAGUACAAACUGCACACAUUAAGUCUGAAAAAUACACCUCAUCAUCAUCUUCAUCAUCUACUUCGUCAUCCUCCUCAACUUCUUCAUCGAUUGCUUUGAAACGUACCUCACCGAUUGUGGAGCACCCGCCUGGUACACGACCGCCCAAAAUGCUAUACACGGCAUCGACAGGCGCCCCAGGAGUGGUCACUGACUGCUCGGAUUCCAUGCUAUCCGGCAACCCGGACAUGCUGCACGUGCCACGUGGUGUCACAAACAGCGUCUCGGGUAGCCAUAGCCAUUCAGGCGCUCGUGGUGGUCUGCUAGUAGCACCGCCGCUAGUGAUGAGCCCGGAAAUAAAUUCACUCUCAUCCGUCGUAGACGAUGGGCGCCAUCAUCAUCAGCUGCACAUUCGCCACAACCAUCAUUCACGCAACGAUGUUGACGAUGAUGUGGUCGGCGAUGAUGAAUCGAGCUGGCACGAUCGCGUCAGUUCCGGUUUCGAUAGGCUGGUCGCGUUCGCAUCGACCGAGCUGGAUAAAACGCGUCGCUCAAACGAUGAUGCACCAGCAUCGUCCGCGAGUUGUACCACCUCGCCGGACAGUGGGAUCAACCAGAGCGACCACAGCAGGACGUUUCUGUCGUCCUCGUCGUCGUCAUCGCAGCUAGAUGUUCCGCCGAGCAUCGCCAGUGCCGGAAGCAGCAGCAGCAGCAGUAGCAGCAGUAGCAGCAGCAGCAGUACAAGCAGCAUCGGAAGUCACGGAGGUGGUAGUGGACAGCAGCACGGUGGCCAUGCCGUGGUUCCUGGUGGCCUAAUGCUGAAGCACAUGGUACCGAUCAUCAAGUCGUCUCCAGCCGAACCAGUCGACAGUCCCCCGUUGUCAGAUGUGGGGUUGCCGCGUACGCCCAGUCCGUCCUCGAGUCCGCCGAUGCUAUUCGGACAUCCCACCGCAACUAGUACGAUCGCCACCGGAGGUGGAAGCUCGACAGCGGUCGUCCAGUCGUCGCAUCUACAUCCGGGAGGUGCAAGUGGUACCGUAGGUGGGCCUUCCGGAAGCAACUCCAACAGUUUGGGCAUCCCGCUGAAGUACCAGCGUCAGUCGAAAUCGUCCUCGUCAUCGUCGGAAAAGCAUUACAAGAAGAAGUUCCGCGAGCGUAACUGGGAGGAGUAUGAGGAGAGUCUCAGCGGUGGACGCAAUAGUGCAAUUAGCGGUGGUGAACCGAUGGAACAUCAGGACUUCGGACGAGAUACCAUGGCCGGUGAUGGACUUCCGUUGCGAGUCGGUGCGACCAGCAGCCCCAACGUGUUGCCAAUGGACGGAGGAAAUUCGAAUCCAUCGUCUGUUGCGUCUGCCAUGCCAGUAGAACUCGACAAAGACCACGGAGAUGCUUUCCACCAUCAGAUACAGCAGCAGCAGCAGCAGCAACAACAACAACAACAGCCUCAACAACAUCACCAUAAGCAUAAAUCGGCAAAAUUUCGGCCGAAAGGCAAGGAUUGGAACUGGGACGAUGAGCAUUCGAACGCCUCGUCUGGUUCGACGGCAUCAACAAGGACCGGUGGUCGCUCGGGAGGCAAUACAACUACGACCUGA